ACACACUCGGAGGCUCAUACAUACAUCAGGUGUGCGAGUGAGUCACCCGCGCUCAUACUAUAAUACUCUAGGCUGCCGGCUUUUUGCCUCACUUGCACACCAGCAGCGCUCGCUCGAGGAAUUUGCUCUCUUCCUGCGCCGCGACUUGUUGCUUGCUGCUGCUCCGUUUAGUGCACUCUCUCUCUCUCUCUCACACACUCCAGCCGUUGUCGCAACCCUUACGAUGGCCGACGACACCCCAACCCUUCUUCUGCUCGACCGCUCGUGCACCUGUUGCUGCGUGCAUCACGUCUCGGUGUCCAAUAGUGACCGAAAAUUGCUGUCCACGAGGAGAGGAGACCACCAACCAGUCUUAGCUGGAAAACACUUCGUGUGGCUGCUCGCCGCUUUUCUCUUCAUCUCUAUGCUGGCGACGGCCGAGGCCUCGACGAUCAGGCAAAUCGGCGACGCGGCUUUGUGUCCGUUCGAGGCGAAACAGGACAAAGACGACACUCGCAUGCCCGCCGUCAUCACCCAGCUGACUUGCAAGUUUUCCAAGUCGUCCGGCAACUCGGACACAGACGACCCGGAGCCCGCGGGCGUCACCUGCGAGCAGAUCGGCGGCACCUGCAAGCAGAUCCACACGAACCUGCAGGUCUCGUACGCAAAGUCGAUGAUUCCCAACCGUCCCGAGCGCUCGGUCAAAGAGCGCGUCAUCAGGUCGAUCAGGAGACACCACAACAUCAGGGUAAACUCGGCCUGCGUGUGCGUCAGGUCCAACGGCAGGCCGGCCACUCCGGUCGGGCCCAACUUUGAAGUGCGCCGAAGGUGAAUUCUCGAACGCGCCUGAGAAUCGAUUGAUUGCAAAUUGUGAUACGCGAUACCUCCUAUGCUACGUGUGUGUUUGUAGUGCAGACAUCACUUUUUGGCCGUUUUGCAAUAAUAUACACUGUACUGUACAUAACAUAGUCCUGAAGCGAAUCAGGGGGAAGCAGGGUUCUUGCCAUUUGCGAACAAAGCUUUGUCAACGACGCAGAUCAUUGUCAAGCCAAUCUUUUGAUAUCUCUCGUUGCUUUUUUCGCUAUCUCGUCCAGCAUUUUUGUAAGUCACGCAACAAAAUCCCUUCAAUUUGAGAGAGCAACAAAUUGGAGCACAUUUAACAAUAGCGGAGUGCCGCAGUUAAAAGAUAUAUAAGAUUAACGUCUUUUUCAUUGAAAAAGAACUUUGAAAAAUGAUUGCAUUUUGUGCUCUUUAUAAGAGUGUGAUAAUUGUUUUUUUUCCUGGACCACUGAAUACGAAUCUCUGCUGAUGCUGUUGAUAAAUCUUUCAAGAACAAACAAUUUUCUCUGAAUCAACUGUAAAUGACCACUAUAUCUGUAUCGAUAAGUGCCUUGAGUAUACAAGCUUUUAGAACUGAUCCCUCCACUUGCAGAUCAAUUAUUUAUGAGUCUCUUUGUGAAAUAUUGUGCCUUUGCCCAUGACAUAUCAAAAUAUUGUUUUUUUGAUAUAGUUAAGUUGUCCUAGUGUGUAAGUAUUUAUUUUAUUUAAAGAUGCAUGUUUGUUGGUAAUAUUAUGAUCUGCUAAAUCAAUAAAUGAUUUAAAAU